CAGUUCUUCCAUAUAGCUACAUCAGUGUCUCCAAAACUCUCCGUGGUUAGGGAGAAGAGCGGUGCUAGCGCGAUGCCUGGCCGCGGUCUGCUGAGUGCCGGAGGAGCUGCAGGAGCGAGGAAGAACAAGAUGGUCAAGAUCGCUGUGACCGCGCUGGCCGUGGUGCUGCUGCUCACGGCGGCGGCUGUCUCCACGGCGACCGACGGCCGUGCUCGGCUCCGCGCCUUCCUCAUGAUGGUCUGCGUGGUCUCCCAGAUCAACCUGGGCCGUCUUCUGGCGAGGGAGGCCGCUCUGGCGCGGACGCCGGCGGCCCGGCGGUGCUACGCGGUGAGCGCCGUGGCGUGCUUCGUGGAGCUCGCGCUCAAGCUGUACAUGAUCCUGGUGCUGUGCCCGGCGGGGGGGGAGGAUGGUAUUCACUGUUUAGGUACGCCGCGCGCUGGUGGAUGUGGCUGCCGAAGGGUCGAAGGUUGAUCAUUUUGAAGUCUGGAGAUGCGCCGUUCUGUUUAGUUCCUCUUCUGCUAAGUUAGAAGUUUGGAAGGGCCUGUGAUGUGGUGUCUAGUCUCGUCUUACCAUUAUUCUGUUGUUGUCUUGUUGCAUUGGGAUGCAGUAUGAAGUUAGAAGGGAUUUGAACUUGUUUAGCUGAAGCCUUCAAGGUUGGAAACUUGGAAUGUAGUACUAUGCAGUAAUUUGCAACCAAAAUUUCAUGGUUAACUGCUCUCUGCGCGUAGGUCGUUUUCGUUGUGCAAUCACCUCUGUCUAUGCGCAAUCGUAACAGCACAACCCCUAGCCGCAGUCGCGCAGCUGCAGGUGAUCUUUUCUUUAACCACAUCAUAUCAGUUCCGUUGGACUGUAGCCUGUACUCUCUGGUUCUAUCGUUAAAGUGAAUCUUC